GCCACGAGGUCACAAUGCUCUGGGUGGUGCCCAGGACUGUGUGUCUGUCCUGGCUGCCCUGGCAGUGCCCAGCAGAGGUGCCCGAGCCCCCCUGGGCAGCUCAGGCUGGGAGCAGCGAGUGCUGAGCCAGGGCGGGCUCGGGGCCAUGUCGGGUGUGCACUACAAGUUCUCCUCCAAGCUGGGCUAUGAUGUGGUCACGUUUCAUGGCCACAGCAUCUCCCUGGCUGACCUCAAGUGCCAGAUCAUGGCCCGAGACAAGCUCAAGGUGGCCAACUGUGACCUGCAGAUCCUCAAAGCUGAGACCAGUGAGGAAUACUCUGAUGAUGCACAGAUCCCAAAGAACAUCUCAGUGAUUGUGAAGAGGGUCCCAGCUCGAGCCACGUGAGUAUCCAUGAAGCUCUGGAUUCCCUGGGAGGGAUGUCAGGGUGUGAACUUCUUUUCUUUUCUGGAUAUGGGUUUGCAGA